UUUUCUCCCCUCCUAAUUUUCCUUCAGGCAUUCGAAAACACAAUUUAUAUAAAAUAGUUUGAAUCGCAAGCAUCUUUUGAGGUUUGGCGAUGGCAUCGAAGCGGAUCUUGAAGGAAUUGAAGGAUUUGCAGAAGGAUCCUCCUACAUCAUGCAGCGCUGGCCCUGUUGCUGAAGACAUGUUUCAUUGGCAGGCCACAAUCAUGGGUCCACCGGAUAGUCCUUAUGCUGGGGGUGUUUUCCUUGUGACCAUUCAUUUUCCUCCUGAUUAUCCCUUUAAGCCUCCCAAGGUGGCAUUUAAAACAAAGGUAUUCCACCCCAAUAUCAAUAGCAACGGAAGCAUUUGCCUAGACAUCUUGAAGGAGCAGUGGAGUCCUGCACUAACGAUUUCCAAGGUAUUGCUGUCAAUCUGUUCUUUGCUUACGGACCCAAAUCCCGACGAUCCUUUGGUGCCGGAGAUUGCUCACAUGUACAAGACGGACAAAGCCAAGUAUGAGACAACUGCAAGGAGCUGGACCCAGAAGUAUGCUAUGGGUUAAAACAAGCUUCGGCGGUGCGAGGGGGUAGGCCUAUCUUUUUCUUAGAAGUAUAUCAUAUUUAUUUUGGGUUUUCAGUUCUAUCUAUUUUAAUACCCAAGGCUAAAACCGGACCGAGGAUGUCCACAACACGGCCUUGGUUAAAGAAGAAUGCAAAAGCUGCUUUUGUUUUGUUGUCUGGAUAAUGCAACUUUUAAACAGAGAAGCUUAUGCUCCUGAAUCUGAAAUUGUUCAUUGUUCUCCCUAAAAUGGGCAUUCAAACACUAAUAUUGGCAAUUAUAUCACAA